GUACACGUUGGCGACCUGGCAAUUGUGGAAGCGGAUCGCGGUCAUGAUUUAGGCAGGGUCGUGGCGUCUAACCUUGCAGCGAACCUCUUCCCGCCGGAUCUGGUGGUGCGUCGUCUGUAUCGACUUGCAACGGAAGCGGAGAUUGCCACGUUGCCUGCGAAGGUGCAUGAUGAGGCCAAGGCCUUGUUGGUGUGUCAAUCCAAGAUCAAGGAAAAGGACUUGCCCAUGCAGGUGGUCAGUGCAGAAUACCAGUGGGACCGACGCAAGCUGACAUUCCAUUUUGUAGCAGAAGAACGAGUAGACUUUAGAGAACUUGUAAGGGAGCUGUUCAAAUUGUACAAGACGCGCAUUUGGAUGUGUGCUGCAAAGCAUCCACGCUGA